GUCUUGACGGCCGCGCCCAUUGUAGUCAUGAGCCAGACGCCGGUCGUAACCUCACGCCUCGUGCUGGCCUUGAUCUCCCUGAUCAUGCCUUUGGAGUACCACGCUGAUUUCCGCCCCUUCUUCACCAUUUACGACGGUGACUGUCCCCGCUAUGCCAAAGCAUUCAGCCAAGCCAAGCGAAAGGCCCACACUGCCUCGGGUGGGAGUGACGUGGUCAGCGCCAUCCUGGGCGUGACGAAUCCAUACUUUGAGCAAGCCUUUGGCCAAUGGCCGACCAUAGUGCGCGUCGCUUCAAUGCGCGGGCUCCCGCAGCAAUUAGGAAGGCGCCAGCGGUACUCGAGCACCAGCAGCCUUGGCCCUGAACCCGUGCGUCCUCCUGCGUCACGUGACCUCUCGCCCGUGACGGGCGUGCGUCAUCUCAACCCGCUCGACCAUCUGACCGGCCUGCUUUUGCGUGCAUCAUUUGAUGGCUUGACACGCACCUUUAUGAUUCCUUUGGAGCGCUAUGUCGCCCGCCUCAUGCCAAAAUUACAGGAGAUUUCGCCACACAAGGAUCUUCCGCGGCUCGAGGACUUUGAUGCUCGCCAGUUCCUGAGCUCACUUCAGAGCAGUAUGGCUCUUCUGAAGCAGGAGCGCAACGGCGAUUGGCUUGCAUUGUAUGCAUCUUUUUUGAAAAGUCGCAAUUUCCGUGGCUGGUUGAAAAUUCGA